AUGACAAGCAAGAGGGUAAUUGCAGUGUUCGGAGCAACAGGUGCUCAGGGUGGUUCUGUGGCCAGGGCCAUCCUGGAGAGUAAAAGUUUCACUGUCAGAGCCCUGACCCGGGAUGUGACGAGCGCAAAGGCACUGGCGCUCCAGAACCUUGGUGCCGAGGUGGUCCAAGGGGAUCUGAAUGAUGAAGCAUCUGUGGAAGCUGCCUUGCGCGGUGCCUAUGGGGCCUUUGUGGUGACAAACUUCUGGGAACAUCACAGCAAAGAGAAGGAAGUCUGUCAGGGAAAGAUGGUGGCGGAUGCAGCCAAGCGCCUGCGUCUGAAGCACGUGAUAUACAGCGGCCUAGAGAACGUCAAGCGCCUAAGUGGAGGCAAGCUGGAGGUGCCGCACUUCGACGGGAAGGGAGAAGUGGAAGAGUAUUUCUGGUCCAUUGGCGUUCCCAUGACCAGUGUCCGAUUGUCAGCAUAUUUCGAGAACUUUCUCACUCUGUGGAAGCCCGUGAAGGCCUCUGAUGGAGACUACUAUACCUUGGCACUACCUAUGGGGGACACCCCGAUGGAUGGCAUCUCUGUUGCAGACAUUGGAGCAGCUGUCCUCAGCAUCUUUAGUUUUCCAGAGAAGCUCCUUGGAAAGGCCGUGGGUCUCAGUGCAGAAGCACUGACUGUACAGCAAUAUGCUGACCUUUUCUCCAAGAGUCUGGGGAAAGAAGUCAGGGAUGCAAAGAUCUCCCCAGAAGCUUACGAGAAGCUGGGGUUUCCAGCAGCCAAGGAAAUAGCCAACAUGUGUCGUUUCUAUCAAAUGCGGCCAGAUCGUGACGUCAAACUCACCUACUGCCUAAACCCCAACGUCAGAAGCUUCAGCCAGUUUCUUGAAGAGAACCAGGGGGCCUUGCAGGGCAUUUAGUGUCCACAGAGGCCCUGACUGCAUCCACCUUCCUUGGUUCUGGGCCCCUUCACCUCCUGGCGUCUACACUAGAAAACAGAUGUAUUAUGGUGCAAAUCUGGCAACACUGUGACUUUCCCAUUUAGAGGGAAAACCUGCAGUCUUCAUGGGUCAUGGUAAUCCGUGUGAGUCACAGGGAGCUUUCCAGCUAAUGAUGAAGACAGGAUGUCUGCUUGGCUCAGUAAGCGCCACCAACUUAAGCACUUCUUGUGGCUCCUCGUCUACAACAGCCAAAUUGCUUCCCAAAGCCCUGCCACUGGGAAGCUUGUGGUUCUGGGUGUCCUGACAAAAAAAGG